GUUAUAUUCCAAACACCACAUUGGCGCCACUUUCCGCUUUCGCGCCUUUUUCCAACGUCAACAAACCCUAACCUGAAACAUUCAAAAAAUGAACCACGAACCCUUACGCUACGCCCACGAGGAGGGUCACACGGACGUGUGCUUCUCAACCGACGGCAGCAAAUUUAUUACGUGUGGGGCUGACGGAGACAUCCGGAUCUGGCCGUCAGCGGAAGACACCGACCCCACUCACACUUGCAUAGGCGAGUGGUCGCUCAGUGUGUGCCAGAAAGGGGAGUGCUUGUACGUGGCCACCGGCAGCAAUGACGUCCAAAUCCUCACCUUUCCAGGGGGCGAACGGAACGGGCUUCUGGACCGGUUCGUGGCCCCCAUCAACCAGAUCGUGCCCAGUAAAGACAGCGAGGCUGUGGCGCUUGCCGGUGAAGAUAUGCAAGUGAGGGUAGUUGAGUUGGGGGCUGAGAAAAGAGUUGGGGUUUUUGAUGGGUUAGGGGGGCCUUGUUUGAGUGUCACGGCCACUAGUAAGUUUCUAGCGGCGAGUUCUGGUGACGGAAAAUUGAGGAUUUGGGAUGUUGCCAGUAAGGAACUGGUUAAAGAAAUUGCCUGUUUUCCUAAAACUAACAGUUUUGCCAACGUUGAAUACUUAUGUCGUAUUGACUUUGCCCACAAUGGCAAAUAUCUGGCAUAUCCGGAAAACGAUUCAGUUGUUAUUUUAGACACUUCUGAUUGGUCGCAGUAUGGUAUUUUAAAAACAAAUGAAGUCACGAAUCAUUAUUCAAUUGUACAGUUUUCACCCUGUGGCGGUUUUCUUCUAGCGACAACUCUUAAAGGUGACUUUGUCAUUUUUAAUGUUAGCAUUAAAAUGGUGAGAGGGACCAGUAAACACCCUAAUGGAACACCAAUUUGUGGAGCCGUGUGGAACCCCUCAGGAAACGGCCAAAUCGUCUACACCGACACUCAAGGCCAGUUAGGUAUUAUGUCAGAUUGUAUAAGCAUCAAAACAACCGACGACGAAAUUUUCACCAAUAACGACCUAAACUUCGACGACGUGCAAUUCGAAUCAGACGAUGAAGACAACGAAAAUGCCAUUUCGGUCGAAAAACUAAAAAAAGAGGUCAUGGGCGACGUAGAACCCGAGCUAAAUUUCGACAAUGCAUCUUCGGCGCCUACUCCGCGCCCCAAAACCCCCGAAAUCCCGCUCCAAGCCCCAUUUAUGCCCAGCUCCAGCCCUGAGCACUUGAAUCCGCGCUACUUGUGCUGGAACCACCUCGGAAUUGUGCGAUGUUACGGUUCCACGAACGACGACGAUUCGGGAAAAUCAAUCGAAGUUGAGUUUCUCGAUUCUUCGUUCCAUCACAGCAUGAUGUUGCAAAACUAUCAGGACUAUUUCUUGGGGACUGUCAGUAAAGCGGCCCUCGCUGUGGCCAACACAAAACAACUUUACGUCAUUCCCCUGAAUGCGGGCUCAAAGGAGUGGGUUCUUAAAUUGGAGGAGGACGCCACGGAAGAGAUUGUUUUAGUUUCAGCUUCUGAAAAUUUGAUUUGUUUCGCGACAAACAGUUACAUAGUUAGAGUUUGCUCGAUUUUCGGCACUCAGAGAGGAAUCGUUUCGGUUCCUGGACCUUUAGUUUCCAUGGCUAGUUUCCAGAAUUCGGUACUUGUGGCCUACCAUUCGGGAAGUGUCCGCAACGGUGACCAGUGUAUUAACAUCAAAUUGAUUGCUUUUAAUGGAUUGUCGAUGCACAGUUGCGAUAUCGGCGCGGCUUUAGGCCCCGAGUCCACUCUGACGUGGCUGGGAUUCACCGAUUUUGGGACUCCUGCUAUGGUGGACUCGCUCGGAAUGGUCAGUCUUUUUCCCCUCAGUUGUAACAUUUGGAUACCUUUUUGUGACACUGCCAGACAUAUGAAAUCGCCUUCUGACUGUUUUUUCGUGACUGCCGUCCUUGAAUCGUAUCAGUCGGUUGUUGGGCUCAAGUGCCGCGGCACUGCUUAUCCGAGCUUCACCCCAACACCGACACUCAGUGAAUUGCUUUUGGAGCCCCCAUUCGCUGAACCCACAACGGAUAAAACACAGUUAGAAAUGAGUCUUUUUACGCUUUCGAAUUUGCAAGUCAGUAAUCAGGAGAAGAAGUUUUCAGAGGCUGGGUUAAAAGCAUUUGCGCUAGCAUGUAAGAACAAUCUCGAUCAGAGGGCAGUCGAACUUAUGGAAGUUUUAUCCAAUCGUCAGUUGGUGAAUUUGUCAACGAAAUACGCCCUUAAAUUGAAUAAAAAAAUAUUGGCGGAGAAAUUGAUGGAGAUGGCUGGACGUCUCAUGAAUGACGAUGACGAUUCAACGAAUGUUGUUGUGGAUACGCCGACAUCUUCACCCCUCGCCCCUAAAAAAGUGACCCUUAGUUCAGUUAAACGUACGCCAAAAACCAAACAAGUCGUCAAAGAAGUGGUGACGGCACCAGAAGCCAGUCAAGAGAGCCAAAGUUCUAUUUUAAGCCCGUCUUUACCAAUCCAAGAAUUUUCACAAGAAUCUCCAAAUCCAUUUUCCAAAAGUGCACGAAAAGGGAACGAAUCAUCGAACCCUCUGAGUCUCACUGACAAAUACGCGGGUGUUGAUUACGUCGAUGCUAAAGAAAAUAAAAUGAAGAACAAGGAGACUGAAAAGAGGAAGCAACCCGAUUCUGAGACUGACAAGCCGCGUGAAAAACAGAGAAAACUAGAUAGGUUUAUGUUUAGUAAACGCACGUGAAUCGUGAGUGAUUUAUUUUUAUCGUAACAUACAAACAAUAUAUUUAUUUACGUUUUCGUGGA